CCCUUCCCUUCUCUUUCCCUCUCCUAUUUGCUCCCUCCCAGUCUCUCUCUCCCUUUCCCUUUAUCCCCCUUCUCUCCCUCCCUUUGUCUCUCCCUCCCUUUCUCUCUCUCCACUGUCUGCCUUUCUCUUUCUCUCCUCUCUCCUUCUCUUUCUAUCUCUCUCCACUGUCUGUCUGUCUGUCUCUCUCACCCUCCUCUCUCUCCCAGUUCCUAUCCCAGAUUCCAGCUCUGGCCGAUUUCCCGCGCGCGUCACCCCUUUGGAAUCCGAUGACGUCAGCGGCUGGUUUGCUACAUAAAGUUCCAAAGAAAGUUCCCCGGGAGCGGCGGUGGGAGCAGGUACUGGGGGCGCGGUCGGUCAGUCGGUCGGGUGAGGGGAGCAGAGUCUCCGGCGAUGUCGGGCCCCACCUGGCACUCCCCCCGGACCAGCGGCAGUGCGGCGGAGGGCGCCGGACCCGGACCGCCCCUUGCGUUCGGACAGCAGCAGCGGCUCAGCGGCUCGUCCCCCCUCCGGAACACCGGCCCGGCGCUGGAGCAGAACGGGGGGCUGAGUGCUGGGGCAGGGAGGGGCAGAUACCCCUGCCCUCAGACAGGGCCGGUACCUGCCAGCUGCUCAGAGGACCCCCGGCUGUCGCGACCGUCGCUGGUUGUGGCCGGAGACCAUCGCUACCCGGCAGGGAGGGAGGAGGCGACCCUCGCACCCUGGAACCAGACGCAGCCACAAGCAGCCCCCGAGAUCCAGAGCCGUUCCCGGGAGAAGGUGAUGAACCGGCCCUCUAGUAUCGACGCAGAGAUAGACUGCCUUACCAGCAUGCUGGCCGACAUGCAGAAUAAUUCACCCUUUGGGCCCAGGCCCCGGCAGAGCUACGACAGUGGCCCGGCCCCCUUCACACCCCAGCCGCCCCCUAACACCACCCCUGUCCCUCCCCCUGCUCCGCCAAAGCACGCCCCUCCCUAUAGACCGCUAGGUCAGCCGGCUGUCGCCGCAGCAACCCGUGCCCCCCGCUCCCUCCCACAGCCGGUGGCCGCCCCCUAUUCCACUUCCACCUCGGCUGGGCCACCCCCACACGUCCAGGUGAGGGUGGCGCAGCCCGUGCCCACCUAUGCCCAGCCACCUCGCCAGGCCUCUGCCCCCGAGACUACCUCCUCUGGCUGGUUCCCCACCCCCGCGCACUACCCCGCGGGUCCGGACCCCCGACGCGGGCCGGAGGGGGUGCAGGCCCUGCGCAGGACUGACCUCCCCUCCUACAGGGUGCCAGGACACCCCUCCCACCUUGCCGGCAAGAAGGGGGCCUACGGUGAGGAGCUGCCACCUGCACCAGCCCUUCCCUCCGUUGGACAUCCAGCUAAGGCCUCCUUCGCCGUGCCUGGAGGAACACAGCACCAGACCAGCCGGCCAGAGGAGGAACUCGAUCGAAUCACCAAGAAAUUGGUUCAUGACAUGAACAAUCCCCCAUCCGAAGAGUAUUUUGGACGCUGUGCGCGGUGCGGAGAGAACGUGGUGGGAGACGGGACAGGCUGUGUGGCCAUGGACCAGGUGUUUCACGUUGAGUGUUUCACCUGUAUGACCUGCCGCUGCCGCUUGCGAGGGCGACCGUUCUAUGCUGUGGACAAGAGGUCAUACUGCGAGUCUUGUUACAUUAACACCCUGGAGCAAUGCUCGGUCUGUUCCAAGGCCAUCAUGGACCGGAUCCUGAGGGCGAUGGGCCGGGCGUACCACCCCCAGUGUUUCACCUGCGUGGUCUGUCACCGCUGUCUGGAUGGGAUUCCCUUCACUGUGGAUGCCACCAGCCAGAUCCACUGCAUCGAGGACUUCCACAUGAAGUUUGCUCCCCGCUGCUCUGUGUGUGCCAAGCCGAUUAUGCCCGAGGCGGGUCAGGAGGAGACGGUGAGGAUUGUGGCCUUGGAUCGGAGCUUUCACGUCAACUGUUACAAGUGCGAGGACUGCGGAUUUGUUCUGUCCUCUGAGGGCGAGGGCUGCGGCUGUUACCCCCUGGAUGGGCACGUCCUCUGCAAGAGCUGCAGUGCCCGGAGGAUCCAACACCUCUCGGCCAAUGUCACCACCGACUGCUGACGGGGGAUGACCAGUACACCCGGGGCUCCAGGACACCCUCCCACUCCCUCACCUGCCCCGGGACAUCUCGCACGCUCCCAGCUCCCAGAACACUCUCCUCCUUCGAGCCUGAGCUGUUUCCUGGGUCGUCCCUCUUGCUCCAGACUCCUGGAGCCACACAGCCCUCCCUACCCAACCUGUCCUCAGACGCCGUGCUCUGUCGGGGCUCCUGAAACAACGGCCCCUACCCCACCCUAAUCUGCCCCCCCCUCAACCCAGCUCAGGACAUUCCACAAGCUCGGGGCUCCCAGUACGACCACUUCCUGCCCACCUAAACUUGCCCCGGGAUGUCUCGCUUGCCCGGGACAGUGGGAACAAUGCCCUCCGCUCUCACCCGACCUGUUCCAGCGAAAUGUGUUCCUACGAACUUAUCCCAGAACAUCCCGCUUACUCUGUGCUCCCAGAACAAAUCCCUGCCCUGCCAGCUGAGCUGAGGCAAUUCCUCUCCCCAAGAAAAUGCCCAAGAUUACCAAUUGUUGCACCUCUGCAGUGGGUUGUUUGCCCCCUGUCUCCCAUCAGCACUUCCUCCCCCACCCCUACCAGCUAGUGUCAGAGGUCUGGUGCGUGGGGCUCAGGAAGAGGCUGGAUAUUGGACACUCCAGAUCGUGGACCAUUCCCCCCCCCACCCCAAGAAAGGGGGGUCUUCAGAUUACUGGACAUGCCUCCACUCCACCCCCACCUCCCUACAACCCUCCUCAACCCAAACGUCUCCCUCCUGUUGAGGGUGGGUGGCCUGUGGCACUGGGGAGAGGUCUGUGCAUGAUGGUGGCAGGGUGGUUGUGGGCUGCCCUGUGCCAGGGCCAGAGCCAGAGCCAGGCUCAAUCCCUGGGUGUGUGACCUUCUGAAUCACCGAUCAAUAAUAAAAACACGAAGCACAGUUUGUCGACUCACUACGUGACCGUAAACAAGACGAGCUUUUCACUGUAUCGCGGUCCAUUUGACGAUAGUAAACCUACUCCAAUUCCUCCUCGCUGGAGUACGUUUGGGCUACUCUCUGAUUCAGGGAGCGAGCGGCCUGCGGUUUCUCCGCCUUUGCUGGGUUCCUGGGGCUGGAAGUCGACAUUGCACUCUGUCUCUCUGUCUGUACCUUGGCCGCUCUGCCAAACUGUGGUUAGACUUUCACCGUGAGCAGCAGAGAGAGUGUUGCAUGCCCAAGGCACUGAGUGGGGACCAGGUAUGUGGUUCCCUGGGACUGGCCUUCCUAUUUGGAGCCCUGUGCCCAGAAGCUGGCUGUGGUGUUGCCGUUGUCCAAGUCCUUGGCAAAGCCACACUUGGAGACUGUGUACGGUUCUGGUCGCCCUGCUACGAAGACUGACCCCAUGCGAAGAAGAUGCAAGGUUAUUGUCCUUCAGCUAAAUGAAACAUCGUUCCUGUGGGGCCAAGGUGCAAAACAUCACAUAAAAUAAUACUAACACUAUU